AUGAGUGAGCCCAUCCCCUGAGCAAGGCUUGGGUGUGCGGGGCAAGGGAAGAAGUUGCCCAAAUCUUCCCCCCCACACACACAACCCCACUCCGAUGGAGAGCCCGGCUGCUCUAAGAUGACUUGGGAGGAGUGGACGAACCGGAGUGUGGACGGUAACGGCUCGGGGGGAGCCGGCAACAGGUCGAGCGAGGAAGGGGCAGCGGGACUGGACGGCGUGGCCGUGGGGGUGGUGCUGGGCGCCUUGAUCGCCUUCGCCAUCGCCGGUAACAUCCUGGUGAUCCUCUCGGUGGCGUGCAACCGGCACCUGCAGACGGUCACCAACUACUUCAUCGUCAACCUGGCGGUGGCGGACCUGCUGCUGAGCGCCACCAUCCUGCCGUUCUCGGCCAGCCUCGAGGUGUUCGGUUACUGGGCUUUCGGGAGGCCCUUCUGCGAUGUGUGGGCGGCCGUGGACGUGCUGUGCUGCACCGCGUCCAUCAUGAGCCUGUGCACCAUCUCCAUUGACCGCUACAUCGGCGUACGCUACUCCCUGCGCUACCCUGCCAUCAUGACCGAGCGGAAAGCGGUCUGGAUCCUCCUGCUCCUCUGGCUCUCCUCCCUGGUCAUCUCGGUGGGACCCCUCCUGGGCUGGAAGGAGCCAGCUCCCGCCGACGACACCCUGUGCAGCAUCACCGAGGAACCGGGCUACGCCCUCUUCUCGUCGCUCUUCUCCUUCUACCUGCCCCUCACCGUCAUCCUGGCCAUGUACUGCCGCAUCUACGUGGUGGCCCGGAGGACCACCCGCAGCCUGGAGGCCGGGGUCAAGAGGGAGCGAGGGGGCAACAGCACCGAGCUGGUGCUGAGGAUCCACUGCCGGAGCGCGGCAGGGCUGGGGGACGAGCCAGCUUCCACCCUCAGGGCCAGGGGCCAGGCGCCGCCGCCCCUCCGCAGUUCCCUGUCCAUGCGCCUCCUCAAGUUCUCCCGCGAGAAGAAGGCGGCCAAGACCGUCGGCAUCGUGGUCGGUGUCUUCGUCCUCUGCUGGCUUCCCUUCUUCACCAUCUUACCGCUCGGUGCUUUCUUUCCAUCUAUCAAGCCCUCUGAUGUGGUUUUUAAGGUGAUCUUCUGGCUGGGUUAUUUCAACAGCUGCAUCAAUCCCAUUAUCUACCCAUGCUCGAGCAAAGAGUUCAAACGGGCCUUCAUCAGGCUGCUCAAGUGCCAGUGCCGGAGGAGGCGACGACCACCCUGGCGGGUGUACGCACACCGUUACUGGAGGUCCUCUACCUACAGUUCGGAGCGCAGCUCCGAGGCUGAUGUGCUGAGCAGGUCCAUUGGGAGUUGCAGGACAUUGUCAGUGAGCAGUUCCUUCGCGCUGAGCCAAAGGCACCGAGGGAGCAGCACCAGCGAGGACAUCAGCGGAGACAGUGGUGCCAGUCGGACACUCAGUCUUCAUGGCUGGAAAUUCUUCCCGUCCUUGUCCAAAUCGCCCUUCCAACUCCGUGAGAAAAUGAACAACCUCUCCAACAAAAUCCGAAUGGGACAGCACAGGCCCUGCACGUCAGCUGCCAGUAAGGUAGACAAUGUCCCAGUGGAGUCCAUCUCCAUUGGAGUAUGCCAGGAAUUCAAAGAGAACACCGCUUAUCAAAUAUACGAAGUCACUGACUGUUUCGGACUGAAAGAGACAGAUAUUUAAGGUGGGAGUCAGGAAGGACUAAGAUAUACGUUCUGUAACUGUGUUUGUCAUGGAUUGUUGUUGUGUUUACAUUGCCAACUUUAGCGAGAGUGACAAAGAUUGUUUUUCAAGUACGGGGCCAGGAAUUUCCUGGCGCUUGCCCUCUGAUGGCUCCCCCACAUUCUUCAAGAGUCUAACCCAA